UUCAGCAGAUGUUCAAUGCCAAUCGUGGAAAAAAAGACAUCUUAAAAAAUUCUGCUCAGUAUCUGAGUGUAAUAUUACCUGCUAUUUAAUCAUGUGGUAUUGUUCUCUGCUGUGGAAUACAGAAACUACAAUAAAGCACAUUGCAAUAGGAUAACCAAGUGCACUUCAUUCUUAGGUCAUUUUUUUAAUGCACAGAUGCAUUUCUGGGAUUAGUUUUCUGGUUAAUUAUUACAGGAACAUUUGGAAAAAUUAGACUGUCAUUUCUGAGCACUAGCCUUAUGUUUCACUCGUGUGCUUUCUACUCUGCAGGCUCAGCAAAGUUGAUGCUGGAAAUAUCAUCCGCCUCCUGGUUCCUGACAUUGGAAUGUUUUUCAUUGGCUUCAUGGUUAUAAGGCUUUGUAAAAAACAGGUGAAACCUCAUAUUCCCAAAAUGCGGCUUCAUGCUGAAGACCGGGAGCAGGAGGAGGAUGAGGACGAUGAUGAUGAGGAGGAGAUGGACUAUGAAACAGAAGCAGGGGACAGUGACAAGGAAGAGACCGACUGUUUAUCUGAAGAAGAUCUGGGAAAAGAAGAAGGUGACCGAAAACCAGGUUUCAUUCAGAAAGUCAUUACGUUCCUAGCAGGCUUGAAAAUCAUAUUUGAAGCCAUCCUGACAAGUGCUGGAAAGGUGGUAGCAACUCUUCUAUUAGGCUUAGCAGGUAUAAUUUUGCCUUCUGUGACUUCUGCAAUCUACUUUUUCACCUUCCUGGGCCUGUGCUCCUGGUGGGCUUGUCAUCGUCCCAUUACCGUGGUCACCUUCAGCAGUUUGUGUGUGAUGAUGGCUGUCUUCAGUGCAGGUCACCUUGCUGCCCUUUACCUGUACCAGUUGCCAUACUUUCAGGACCUGGUUCCUCCUGAUGACAUUUAUGCCAGGCUCCUGGGGAUGGUGGCGCUCAUCAAGACAAACAGCACAGAAACCUGGAAGCUGCAGAUUCAUUCUGGAUUAAGCUGGCCUGUGUUUUUAAAUCCUCUUUUGCUGCUUGUAUUAUAUUAUUCACUGGUCAUGUUGCUACAGCAGUGGGCUCUGAAUCCUAAGGAAUGUGAAGAGGGCAUCCAGUCAUCACUGGAAGAGCAGAGUAAGUUGGAACUGGACACCAUGCUCUGGAUGGCAAAGAAUGAGAAGGAAAAGGUGGCUUAUUUUUCAAAUGGAAGCUGGCAGGACAUGCCCCUUUUACAGUGUGAACAUGGCAGGAGCCUCACAGCCAGUGCUGACCCCAGUGAAGGACACAGCACUCCUGUAUCAGACGAUAGCACCUGCCCUGAAAACGCAGACGCUGAUGGGGAUGGCACUAGCAGUAUGGCAGUACUGGGGCAGUUCAUUAUGAAUCAAAGUUAUGUCAGUGCACUGAUUGCCAUGAUGGUUUGGAGCAUCACCCACAACAGCUGGCUGACUUUUGUUCUGCUGAUUUGGUCUUGUAUCAUUUGGAUGGUUCGUGACCGGCGUCGUUAUGCCAUGCGUAGCUCUCCGUUCCUUGCCAUCUAUGGGAAUAUCCUGGUGAUCCUCAAUUUCUUUGUAGGGUUCAAUAUUUCACAAGAAGAACUGUUUCCUGAAAUUCCAACCUCCGUGCUCACUGACUUUGAUUUAAAACCAUACUCUUUGCCAUGUGUGCACCUUGGUGUUAAGAUCUUUUAUGCAUUCACGUUCUGGCUAUUGCUAAGGCAGCAUAUGAUCAAAAGACAUAUGGAGCAGAAGCAAGAAACUCUCUCGGAAGUGACAGUGGAUGCGAAUGAAAGGGAAAUCCCGCACAAUCCUCUGCUGGAAAUCUUUGGCUCUCUGAUUAAAGGAAUGCUGGUUAAAUACUGGAUCUAUUUCUGCGCUGCCAUGUUUUUCAUUGUCAGUUUCAAUGGCAAAGUAGUGAUCUACAAAAUACUGUACAUUAUGCUCUUUCUGUUCUGUGUAGCUUUAUAUCAGGUUCAUUAUGAGUGGUGGAGACGAAUUCUGAAGUAUUUUUGGCUCACUGUUGUCUCUUAUUCAAUGGUGGUCCUCAUUGCUGUGUAUGCCUACCAGUUUAAAACCAUUUCUGGGUUUUUGCUCCUGACUUUGGGACUGUCAGAGGAGGGGUUAAAAGACCUGGGUCUUGACCAGUAUGACACGGUAGAACUGUUUGCUAAGAUUCUGCUUCCUUCCACUUUUCUCCUGGCCUGCAUCCUUCAGCUUCGUUACUUUAGUGAGGAUUUUCUGAAGAUCACUGACCUGAGUAAUAUUCCCAUCAAGCAUGAAUGUACUUCUGGCAGUAAAAAGAAAACGGAAACUCAGGUGUAUCUCCUGGCUGACAUGCUUAAAGAAAAUAUUUGGAAACUGCAAAACAGGCUGGCAGCCAAUGAACUGCAUGGUGAAAAUCAAACCACCUCGGACAAGAUAGAGAAUACAACGGUGUAUGAAACCAUGGGAGCGGCUCAGCAGGAGAAAUCAGUGGGAGAGCCUAAUAAAUGGUGCCUGGUCAUCGACAAGUUGGCUUCUCUUCUCCUGCAGCUUUUGGAAAAGUUUCAUAAAACUCAGGUGUUAGCCUGGAGAGUCCUAGAGCUGCACAUCCUUAAAAUUGUCUCCACGUGGGUCAUCUGGAUCACUCUCCAGGAGGUAUCUUUGAUGAAUUACCCUUUCUUCGUCCUUUGGGUGUUUGCCCUGCCCUAUCCCAAGCUCCGCCCUCAUGCAUCAAAGAUCUGCACAGUUUGGUCCUGUGUGAUGGUUAUCUGUAAAAUGAUGUACCAGCUGAAAUUCGUCAGGCCGCAUGACUACUCCUCAAACUGUUUGCAGAACAGAACCUACUAUCAUGACAGCCUGGAUGAGCUGUUGCAGAAAUCAGUGUUGUACGUUGCUCCUGUUGAUCCCGCCGAUUGGUGUGGAGGGUUACGGAAGUGCGGUGACAAUGUUUUACCCUGCCUGAAGAACCAUCUCACCAUCUUGGCAUUAAUGGUAAUAGAAGUGACUGUGUAUCACCACCAGCUCUUUUACCGGACUCAAAACCAGCUGAUGCCACCUGUUACAGGGAUCAUUUUUGAUACCAUCACCCGAGAGCACCUGGAUGAUGGGUUACUCAGCUGCAUCAAAUACUUUAUCAACUAUGGUUUCUACAAGUUUGGACUAGAGGUGUGUCUCAUCAUGGCGGUGAAUGUCAUUAAGCAGCGUAUGGAUUUCUAUGCCCUUCUCCACGGCUGCUGGCUGAUCUACCUGCUGCACCGCCGCCGAAGGAAAGCAGUGGCUGAGGUCUGGCUGAGAUACUGCUCUUUCCUUGCCGGUGUCAUGACCUUUCAGUAUUUGCUAUGCAUUGGCUUCCCUCCUGCUUUCUGCAAAGAUUAUCCAUGGAGAACCUCUCGCUGGACAAUCCAUUCCAAUCUGAUUAAGUGGCUCUAUCUGCCUGAUUUUGCCAAGAAACCUGAUGCCAGUUUUCUCCUGUAUGACUUCCUGCUUCUGCUUUUUGCCUCCCUGCAAUGGCAGGUAUUCAAAGAUGAGAAUAAGGCUUGUGUGCGAAUAGAGGCAGGAGAUAAUGUGGAGAUCAGCUGUGAAUUAGACCCAGCUGCUCUCAGCCAGUACAGCCCUGUGCCAAACUUUAUCCACUGCAGGUCCUAUUUGGAUAUGGCUAAAGUGGUCGUGUUCGGCUAUCACUUCUGGUUUGUGCUCUGCCUGAUUUUUAUCACUGGGACAACUCGAAUCAACAUAUUCUGUCUGGGCUAUCUGAUGGCCUGUUUCUACUUUAUGAUCUUUGGAAGCAAUCUCCUUCUAAAGCCGGUCAAGAAUAUUCUCAGAUUGUGGGACUAUUUGAUUGCGUACACUGCCUUAGUUAUAGUGAUGAAGAAUCUUCUGGCUAUUGGAGCGUGUGCCUAUCUUGAUAAGUUACUGAGAAACCAUUGCUGGCUAAUACAGACCUUUGGCAUGUUCUGUACUAUACCGGGGUAUGACUUGGCUCUUCCCGAGGAUGAGAAAUGUGAGCUGCCUGAAAAUGAAGCCGGGAUUGUUUGGGACGCGAUAAGUUUCACUUUCUUGCUGGUCCAGCGGAGAGUCUUUAUGAGCUAUUACUUCCUCUACGUAGUGGCAGAUCUGAAGGCUGCCAAGAUCUUAGCUUCCAGAGGAGCUGAACUGUUUGAAGUGAAGCUGAAAAAAGUUGUGGCGCUCAGAUUGGAGGAAGAGAAAAAAUCACUGCAAGCCAUGAGAAGACAAAUGGAACUAAUCAAAUUGAAGCAGAAGAAACUUGACAGUUUGAAGCAAAAGACACCAAGCCCAGAAGAAACAGCUGUGGAUCAAUCUGCCAAAGAGCAGCAGCUGCUAGAUCCAGAGGAGGGUGGCAAGAAGGAAAACGAGGACAAGAAGAUAUGGUGGCAACCCUGGGUGACCCACGCCUCCAUGAUUCGAGCUGGGAGCUACUACCUCUUUGAGACAGACAGUGAGGAAGAAGAGGAACAAGGGCACACAGAAAAGAGGGAGGAAGAAUCACCAAAGAAGAAAACAGCAUUCCAGCUUGUGUAUGAAGCUUGGAUGUCUAGCUCUAAAUCAGCUCUGAGAACAAGAAAACAAGAUGAAACCAGAGAGCAGAGGAAGAAAGAGGAGGAGGAGCAGCAGCGACUGGCAGGGGAGGUAAAGUUGGAAUUCCAUGAAGAGAAAGGGGAGAUAUCAGUCACUGAAGAGAACCUAGAUGAGUCAGAAAGUAUAAUUGAAAGAAUAAUCAACACAAUCAAGUUUACUUGGGUUUUUGUUCAAGCAUUGCUAGAGGAUACUACAGAAGCACUAAACUCACUUUGUAAAAAUAACCUGGACAUAGCAAACGUACUGAGAAUUGAAAGGUACAUGCUAUGGCGAGAAACUAAUAAGGGAAAAGAAGCCUCACCAGACACAAUUCUCCAAUAUUACAACCUGAAGAAGAGUCAGCAAGUGCAAGCAAGUCUUUAUGGGGGAAAUAAAAUGAAAGGCACACAGGAGGAUCAGCAUGAAGACACAUUAGAGUGCCAGCAGAUACCCACGAGGGGAACCCAGCUACCGCACGAGAGCAGUGCAUCCAGGACAUCUGAUGAAGUUGCUGAGGAAAUUAAUGGAGAUGAGGCAGGAGAGAAGAUGGAAGAUGAAGACAGUGUCAAAGAAGCUGCCCCGGAAAUGACCACUCCACUUCCUUCCCGUGAAACAAAAGAUUAUGCUGUUUCCCCAACAGCUGAGAGGAGCAAAGAAGCAGGCAGGCCAUUAAAUGAAGUUCCUGUUAUCAUGACUGCCAGUGAGCUGCUUCUGAACAGGAUGUUUCAUGACAAUGAACUGGAGCAGUCAGACAAAUUUUACCAGAGUCUGCCUCGAUCCCUGAAGUUGGGCUUUGCUUUGUACAAUGCGAUGGUAUCCAAGUCAGAAAUGCUCUGUUAUUUUGUGGUCAUUCUCAACCACAUGGUCUCUGCGUCAGUCCUCACUUUGGUUCUGCCUAUCCUUAUAUUUCUGUGGGCCAUGUUAUCCAUUCCAAGGCCUACUAAAUUCUUCUGGAUGAUGGCUAUCGUUUAUACAGAGAUAACAGUAGUUGUCAAAUAUUUUGCUCAGUUUGGAUUCUUUCCCUGGACCACUAAGUUAUACUGCGGCAUCAAUGCAGAAGAGCCAUUUGUUCUGCCAAACAUUGUCGGGAUUGAGAAGAAGGAUGGCUAUGUGCAUUUUGAUCUUGUGCAGCUGCUGGCUUUGUUCUUUCACAGGUCUAUCUUGAAGUGCCAUGGACUAUGGGAUUCCAAAGGUGUCAAUGUGUCUGAUACCAAGAAAAGGAGAUGUUCUAGGAGUCCAAAGAACCAGGAGUCCAGAGGAGGUCUGCAGGAAGAUGAGCCUGGAUCGGGGGCAUGGCACCUUUUCAGACAUCACAAUCCCUCAGGGAGUGUCUUCAGAGGAAGGAAGACAGCCUCCAUUAACAGAGGCAAGACUCAGAAGAAGGAAGCCAGGAAGAAAUGGAAGCUUUUUAGAAAGAGUCCCAUCAGCAAGAAGAAACUUCUUAAGCAAAAGAUGAAACAACUGAUAUUGAAAACAAAGAAGCUGGUGAUUAAAAUUGCCCUUCAAAUCUAUCGACCUAUCAGGCAGUUCUUCUACGACAUUAUUCAUCCGGAGUACAGCCCUGUCUGUGACGUCUAUGCACUGAUGUUCCUGGUUGACGUGAUCAAUUUUAUAAUUGUUAUCUUUGGAUACUGGGCCUUUGGCAAACACUCAGCAGCUGCUGACAUAACUGAAUCCCUGUCGGAAGACCAGGUCCCUGAAGCCUUCCUGGUGAUGCUCCUGAUUCAAUUUGGCACCAUGAUAGUGGACCGGGCCAUUUACUUGAGGAAGACUAUGUUUGGGAAGUGUGUAUUCCAGGUUGUCCUUGUCUUUGGCAUUCACUUCUGGAUGUUCUUCAUCUUGCCAGGCGUUACCGAAAGGAGAUUCAACAGAAACCAUGUGGCUCAGCUUUGGUACUUGGUCAAAUGUGUUUAUUUUGGCCUGUCUGCGUAUCAGAUCAAAUGUGGUUAUCCGAAUCGGGUCCUAGGCAACUUUCUGACAAAGAGUUACAAUUUCGUAAACCUUUUCCUAUUCCAAGGGUUUCGUAUGGUGCCUUUCCUUACUGAGCUGAGAGCUGUCAUGGACUGGGUUUGGACUGACACCACACUGAGUCUUUCCAGCUGGAUCUGUGUGGAGGAUUUAUAUGCAAAUAUUUUCAUUAUGAAAUGCCUGAGAGAGUCUGAGAAGAAAUAUCCUCAGCCUUCUGGCCAGAAGAAAAAAAUGAUUGUGAAGUAUGGAAUAGGAGGCUGCAUUGUCUUUAUAUUGGUCUGCAUCGUGUGGUUCCCACUGCUUCUUAUGUCACUGGUUAAAUCUGUGGCAGGAGUAACCAAUCAGCCCCUGGAUGUCUCAGUCAAAAUUACCAUUAGCGGUUAUGAGUCAUUAUUCACCAUGAGCGCUCAGCAGCGGAAUCUGAUCCCUUUCUCUCCAGCAGCAUAUAACGAGCUGGCUAAUCAAUAUGCCCUUCACCCGUCUGCCAUGCAGUUUAUAGUGAACUACAGCCCAGAGGACAUCGUCACUGCUAAAAUAAAGAGCAAUGCUAGCUUGCUGUGGAGCAUCAGUCCCGCCAGCCGAGAGGCCAUGAUGGACGAGCUCUCCAGCUCAACUGCGGUCUACAUCAACUUUCACUGGACAAUUCUCAGGAAUGCUUCUCUGGUGAAGAAUGUGGAAGCGUCUGGCAAGCACACAGUGCGGUACGAAGAGAAGGAGAUAAGAGAACAAAUUGUUCAAAUGCUAAAUGGGACCAGGAAAGAGCCAAUGUCAGUAUUUUUCUUCUGUUCGAGCCGCGUUUUCAAAAUGCGCCAUAGCAAAGAAUUGUUGUUGGUGAACACAGUAGAGGGGAUUGCUCACAUGUUAAAUGGGCGGGUCAUUCCUUUUACAAACAUUAGAACCACGCUAUGCAUAGCACUGAAAUAUUUGAUAACUCCAAGGCAAUUUUGGCUUCCACUUGUUUCUAGACUGCUUCCCGGCGUGGUACCAAGAUACCUCAGGGCUACUGCUGGAGCAGAAGCUAGAACUGCACAUCGCUUGCAAGUUGCUCAUUCUCAGAAACCACAAGACAUAGACAAAAUGGCUUUCUUCCGAAAUAUAACCAUAAAACUACAGCAGCUGGCCCUCAACUCGUCUUCCGGCCAAGUUACUGAGUGGUGGGUUAUUGAAGAGUGGAAUCCUGCGUGCUCUGGUAAUGCUUGCAGCAAGAAUAUGGAGCUUAUCAUCUACAAUGACAAAGUCAGCCCUUCCAGUCUGGGAUUCCUGGCAGGCUACGGCAUCGUUGGCCUUUAUAUGUCUGUUGUUCUCGUCAUUGGAAAGUUUAUCCGAGAGUUCUUCAAUGGCAUCUCUCGUUCAAUAAUGUUUGAAGAGCUGCCCAACGUGGACCGCAUCCUGAAACUCUGCACGGACAUCUUCCUGGUGAGGGAGAUUGGGGAGCUGGAGUUGGAGGAACAACUCUUUGCCAAACUCAUCUUUUUGUACAGAUCUCCUGAAACUAUGAUCAUGUGGACCAGAGAAUCAAAGGAACAAUGACAGGACAAAGGUUUGUUUAGUGAAGAUCAGGCUUAGGAAGCAAGCUAUUGUCAUGGGCUGCUUUAGAAGCAAAUUUAACAUUCAGGAACGGGAGAUGCUACGAGUGUCUCCUCUCCAUUGGCAUAUUUUCACCUUAAGCUUUUCCACACGUUCCUCACCAAAAUGUAUCAUGUUUAGGCAGUAAGUGUACUUUUCAGGCCAGUGACUUCCCUUUGCUCAACCAGAGAAGACCUAGUACUGAUCCCCUACAGACUUCAUCCCACAAUCAUGGAUACAAAAAGCUCGGCUCAAGUCCACCUGAUUUUAUCUGCAAAGCAGCUAAAAACUUCCUCACAGCAGGAGGGGUUCUAAUCAGCCUCCGAGCAACUGCAGCAUGGGCUAACCAAGCUGAGCGCCGUUAAUGGCUGAAGAUAAAUUAUAGGGAGGAAAUUUUAAUAGGGCUAAUUUACAAGAGUCCAGGUUCAAAUGUAAGAUUUUAAAGAAACAUUUAAAGGGGUGCUUUGACAUGGGUGAUGAAGCUUCCAGUGCUCAUUAGACAAAAUGCACAGACUCAAGGUGUGCAAACAUUCCAGUUUAGAAAAUAAAACCAAACCGUUCAAAGACAAAAUAAAAGAACUGAAUGGGGCACUUGCAUAAUCAGAGCAAGAUCUCUCUAGCUAGGCCUAAGGUCCCUUUAAUUCUUAAGAGGUCUCUACCACAGCCUUUACCCAACUAAUAUUCUACUUUAUAGUUUGGAGAAGUUUCCCAUCUUGCUCUGCUUUUAAGUGGGUACUUAUUCCUUCCAAGUGAGAGUUCAGCCACUUUUUCCUCGCUGCAGAAUCACUGAAAAAUGGGUUGGAAGCAGAGAACGGGCGUAUUGGGCAGUGUUUUAUUAGGUUAAAAUAGAGGGGUUACCUGAAUGGCAUCCAGGAUGGUACUCCAGCAUAGGGACAAGGGGAUGGAGUAGGGCAGUUCUUUUACAAAUAAAUGUUUGAGGAGGCAGUAUGGAUCCAGUGGACUGAGCACCAGGAGCCCCACGAUUUCUAUUUCCAGUUCCGCCAGGCUGUGAAACUCUGGGAAAGUCACUUCCCCCCUUAGCGCCUGGUUCCCGUCCCAUCCUGUCUGUUUAGACUAGAAGCUCCUCAGAACAGGGUCUGUCUCUCACUCUGUGUGCACACAGCACGGGCCCUUCAUCUCUGUUCAGUGAAUUGAGUGAGAGAAUUUGGUAUUCUCAUUCUAGCCAUUAGUGGAAGCUCCUAUGCACUGCAAAGCCGCCUAGUCAUUCAGCACAAGUGGCAGCAGCUCCUUGGAGGAAACAGGUGCUGGGAGUCUGAUCUGAAGUGCAGCAGUAGAGCUGGGCGUGAGAACUUGCACAGCGCAGGCCAGUCAGACUCUCAUUUUAGGAGCACCCAGUAU